AUGCACGUCUACACUCUUCUGAUAGCUUCGACAGCUAUUGUGGCUCCUGCUUUUGCCGGCAGCAGCACCAACGCUCUUGGCACGGCGGAGACCCCUUCGGUUGCUAAUUCCAGCAAUCAGACGACCAUGACAACCGGCAGCGGUUCAAUGUCAUCGUUGCUUCCCACUGUUGAGCUCAACUACACUACAGUUCAGUCCCUCGGUGGAAACACCACCGUCGGAUACUACAAGUACCAGAACAUCCGAUUCGCCAAGGUGCCUACGGGCGAUCUUCGUUUUGCUGCACCAGAAUGGCCCGACGUCGAAACGGAGACCAACACUGGCACGAACCUCGCUAACGCCGAUGUUGACUGCUCGUCCAACGAGGACUGCUUGUAUCUCGAUGUCUGGGCUCCUGCCGACGCCGCCGAACGCAACCUGUCGGUGAUUGUCUGGACGCAUGGUGGCGGCUUCACGGGUGGCUCCAAGUUUCACGACACGCCGGAGGGUCUUUUUGACCUGUCCACGGACUUCAUCUUUGUCGCGUACAACUACCGUCUUGGUAUCACCGGACUGGCCUCGGGCCCCACAUACCAGCACGAAGGUGGCGAAGCCAACCUGUGUGUAUGGGACUCAACGCACGCGUUCAAAUGGGUGCAGAAAUACAUUAGCAACUUCGGCGGCAACCCGGACGACGUGACGGCCUUGGGGUUCUCUGCGGGCGGAUCGCAGGUGCUGUUCCAGAUGACUCGUUUCGGUGGCAACGCCCCUCAGCUCUUCCACAAGGCAUUUGUGAUGUCUCCCGACUACAUGCCAGGCAGCGCUGGUCAUCACCACAUUGAGCAAUUCUGGCAAAACGUGUCGUCCGUGGCUGGCUGCGACGACGGUCAGCUCGACUGCAUGCGUGAGGUGGACUUUGCUAAUCUUACUGAUGCAACGAACGAUGUCAUCAAAAAGUAUACGUAUGAAAUGCAGCCUCACGUGGAUGGGUCCAUUAUCCCGGACACGUACGAGGCUAGCCUGUACCAGGGACAAUUUAACUUCUCGGGUCCGUGCGUUAUCACGCACGAACAGCACGAGGCAAACUCUCUAGCAUACGACGGCAUCGACAAUGAAAAGGACAUUUCGACUCACCUGCGUAUUUUCUUCCCAACUAUCACGGACGAUGUGAUCGAGGAGCUGCUGGAAUUGUACCCAGAGGGCGACUACGAGAGCGCUGGUCUUCGUUUUUCAGACAUGAAGCAGUCGUUCGACUCAACGAGCAAAGUUAUGGCUUUGACACAUGCCUUGAAUAAUCAGACCUGGAGUGCUGAGGCUGCUCUUGGCACCGCAACGCACGGCACUGAUCAGAAAUACUACUGGUACAGCACGUACAAGUUGUUGACCUCAAUGGAUAACACGACCGCGACCACCACCAACGGUUCAUCUUCCUCUAGUACCUCGACGAUCUCUGUUGGUGAUGCCGACGAUACGGAAGUGAUGGGCAGCAAUUCCAUUGGAGGCCCUGGUAGCGCAGGGGACGCGGGUGAUAGCUUAUCGGUGAACACAACGAUUGCAAUUACAAUGCAGAAGUAUCUGCUUUCUUUCGUGCUCACAGGCAACCCCAACACCAUGUGGGCGGAAGAUAAAAUGUACUGGCCACUGUACAACGAGUCGAGUGUUGGAUCACACAUCGUGUUCAACAACACGUUUACAAUUGGUGAUGAUGACUUAACCAACUCGAAGAGCCUGUUCUGGAACAAGGCACUGUGGUACUAG